CGCGUCAGUAGCAAAAAAGUCACGGUAGGAUAUUGUCACUGGUCGUUGUUUUUUCCUGCGUGCGUUCGUGAGAGUGGGUGGCCUUAGCAAAAAGUGUCUAUCGACAAAACUAGAAAAAGAGGUCUACAUUGAAAAAGCUACGAAAAUUGAAAAAAGUUUUCAAAAUUUUUUUGCAAACAUUUGGUGUUUUUUAAGUGCAUUAUUUUUAGUGCAAAAAUCAAUUUAUAAAAAUAGUUUGGCUUUUGCCAACAAACAAUAAAAAAAAAAGAAAAAAAACGCCGGUAGAAUAUGGGAAAUAAAGUUGUUACAUUUACCGAACAGCAAUUGGAUGAUUAUCAGGAUUGUACAUUUUUCACACGCAAAGAGAUAUUACGUGUCCACAAACGAUUUCGUGAAUUACGACCAGAUUUGGUGCCCCGCCAAAUGACCGAGGGCCAGGCGUCAAGUGUCAAGGUGCCCCGCGAAUGUAUUGAGAAGAUGCCCGAGCUAAAAGAGAAUCCAUUUCGCCGACGCAUAUGUGAGGCUUUUUCCCGUGAUGGCCAGGGUAAUCUAUCGUUUGAGGAUUUUCUGGAUGCAUUUUCUGUGUUUAGCGAACAGGCACCCAGGGAUAUCAAAGUGUUUUAUGCUUUCAAAAUAUAUGAUUUCGAUCAGGAUGGUUUCAUUGGACGUGCUGACCUUCUGUGCAGUUUAACCACAAUGACCAAAAACGAAUUAAGCCCUGAGGAACAUCAACAAAUUGCCGAUAAGGUUUUGGAGGAGGCCGAUGUCGAUGGUGAUGGCAAAUUGUCAUUUCUCGAAUUCGAACAUGUCAUCUUACGUGCACCCGAUUUCCUUUCAACAUUUCACAUAAGAAUUUAAUUGUUGAGUGUGUGGAUGGGUGGGUGUGGGGGUGUGUGUGGCCUUAAAGUUGGCUAACCAGAUAGGGCUAGCAACAACUCCAUCUGCAGUAGAUGCAUCAUUGAAUGACGAAGAAUUCUUGCAUUGCAGAAGGAUAUGAAAGAAUGUCAACCCACAUACCACACUCAUAAAAAUCUACAUAUACAUGUAUACACAGAUACAAAUACAAAUAAAAUCAAAUAGAGUUCUUAAUCUGCAAUC